CCAAUAGAAGAACCCAAGCGAGGCACCUGGUCCAUCAUUCCCUUAGCUCUCUCCCAACUCCCAAGUCCUUUCCUCCGUUCUGACUUCUGCGUAACAUCGCAAUCCCUACUCUGCAGAUGGCGGGAGAAAGCAAGGUUUCAUCAACACGAAAAUUGACCGUCGAGACGUCUUCCUCCAAGCCGUUCUAACUCACGCCCUAGCUCAGUAACAACAACGGAAAAGAUUCAGAGCGUUGGCGGCUUCAACCUUUCGGGUCUUGCAGACAACCCUUCGUCGAAAAGGCAGUGAAAGGAUGAAGCGGGUGUGCGGACCGAGUGCCGAUAGAAUUACCAACCUUCCUGUUGAUGUCAUACAGCAGAUCUUGAUGUUUUUACCAAUCAAACAUGCUGCCAAAACUAGUACAUUGUCAACAAGGUGGAGGCAUCAUUGGAGAAGCAUUCCCAAACUUGUGUUUGAUCGUAGGUUCGUCAUUGGAUCGGGUGGAUCUAUAUCAACUGACAUGAUGAACAAGUCAAUGUUCAACAUUUUCAAAGCUCUGCUGCUCCAUGAUGGCCCGAUAAAAAAUUUUGGGCUUUCGUGUCCCGGAUUGAAGUCCUGCUAUGGGAAUGAGAUUGAUGAAAUCGUUGUCUAUCUUUCUCACAGGGAUCUGCAGGAGUUCAUGCUUUCCUGCGCAGCUGGUGAUAGUCAGAAAUACAAGUUACAUUCUUCCUUGUUUUCUUGUAUUCAACUGAACCGACUGAGACUUGACCAUUGCGAAUUUAGACAACCGUCGUGGUUUGUGGGUUUUAGUAAGCUAACGGUUCUCUUACUGUCAGAUGUAACUCUGCCCUCUGAUUUCUGUGAGAAUUUCCUUGUAAAGUGCCCGAUGCUUAAAGACUUGAGGCUUAUAGAUUGUGAUGGUCUGAGUAAUCUUAACAUUGUGGCUCCAUGCCUCGAACGGUUCUGUUUCACGUACAGGGAUUUACAGAAAAUCUGCUUCAAGUGUACUCCUGUUUUAUAUUUAGUUAGUUUUAGACUAUGCAGAAACUUGGAGAACACUGCAGAUAUGGUAGCUUUACUUGCUUCUCUCCCAGCACUCCAAAAAUUUUCUGUCGACUUUGGACUCCCGCAACACCUUGCUGUAGGUGAUAGUGAUUUCCCCAGUAGGCUUCCUACUCCUCUUCACCGGUUAGAAAUCCUCCAUACCAGGAAUCUUGACUUUAGUAUCUUGAAGGCGGCGCAGUUUUUUGUUUGUCUGAUCAUCAGUUCCCCCAACUUGCGCGAGCUAACGAUUAAGCUGCACAGAAGUCAGUCAUAUCAGCCCGCAGAUAGCGCUGCGACAACAAGCAUAGGAGGCCUGUUGGAAGCAGAGUACCGCCAAGGAUCCGGUAAUCGUUUUUUGCAGCAGCUUAGAGUGUUUGAAAUGGAGGAGUGCCUUGGUACGCAGGUCGAGCUUGACCUCGUGAAGUUUGUGUUAGCCACCGGUCCAGUACUUGAGAGGAUUCACAUUCCGCCUUCGCAUAAAUUAACCUCUGAAAAGGGCGUUUGCGGUUUCAACCUUUCGGCUAUUGCAGAAGAUAACCCUUCGUGGAAAAGACGUUUGCUCCAACAAGCUGCCGACUCCUUUGACUAUGGCAAAAUUUUGCAACGUUGCAUCGUGCGAGGUGCUAGAAAGCAUGGCCUUUUAGCUCACUCUCAUAUGAUAACAAGUGGGUUUGCCUCAAAUCCCCAUUCAAACAGCAAAUUAAUCUCCUUCUACGCAAAGGUUGGUGAUGCCAGAGCUGGUCGGAAAGUGUUUGAUAGUAUGACUGUAAGGAAUGUUGUGUGCUGGACGGCUCAGAUUUCAGGUUAUGGACAAAAUGAGUGUUAUGAAGAUGCUCUGCUGCUGUUUUCAGAAAUGCAUAGAGUGGGGGUCAAGGCCAAUCAGUUUACUUAUGGUAGUGUGCUAAGGGCGUCUUCUCGUUUGCAAUGUUUCAAGAGAGGGCUGCAAAUACAGAGUUGUGUACAGAAGAGUAGGUUUUUCAGCAAUUUGUUUGUGCAAAGUGCAUUGAUUGAUUUGCAUUCUAAAUGCGGAAGUAUGGAAGAUGCUUGUUAUUUGUUUGAGACAAUGCUUGACAGAGAUGUGGUUUCUUGGAAUGCAAUGAUUGGUGGGUAUGCUGUUCAGGGUCUUGGUGAUGAUUCUUUUCGACUGUUUCAUGCCAUGAUGACAGAAGGUUUGCUACCUGAUUGCUUCACUUUAGGAAGUCUUUUGAAGGUGUCUGGAAGAACUAGUGAUUUCCUCAAAGUCAGUAAGCUACAUGGAUUCGUUGAGAAACUAGGUUUUGAAGGGAACCUUGAUUUGCUUCGAUCAAUUAUCGAUGCCUAUGCAAGAUGUGGGGGCCUAGAGAGUGCUAAUUGCUUGUACAAUACUAUGGAAGUGAAAGAUAUAGCAUCUUGCACAGCGUUGAUGAAUGGAUUAGCUCGAAACAACUAUAGAACAGAUGCUAUGAAUCUCUUCAAUGAGAUGCGUAGGAUGCAGCACAUGAAAAUUGAUGACGUCAUGCUAUGCUCUGUGCUCAAUAUGUGUGCUAAUGCAGCAUCAUUAACCAUAGGGAGACAGCUUCAUGCCUUUGCUGUUAAAAAUAAACCCAGUUAUGAUGUGGCGGUAGGAAAUUCUCUCAUUGAUAUGUAUGCAAAGUCGGGAGAAAUUGAAGAUGCUGACCGUGCUUUUGGUGAGAUGAGGGAGAAAAAUGUCAUAUCAUGGACAUCGCUGAUUAGUGGGUAUGGAAAACAUGGAUAUGGAAGCAAGGCAAUUUCAUUGUGCAAGGAGAUGGAAGAUGAAGGUUUAGUGCCGAACGACAUUACUUUUUUGUCUGGUCUCUUUGCUUGCAGUCAUUCUGGAUUAAAUAAGGAAGCAUUAGAAUUCUUCAAUAGCAUGAUCAACAGGCACAAUAUCCUUCCGCGAGCUGAGCACUACUCUUGUGUGGUUGAUCUCUUUGCCCGUGUAGGGCAGUUAGAAGAAGCGUACGGUAUAAUUUGUAGGAACAAUAUUACACCGAAUUCCUCAUUGUGGGGUGCUAUUCUUGGGGGAUGCUUUUCAUAUGGUAACGUCGUCCUUGCUGAGACUGUAGCUAUGCAUCUCAUUAAUCUGAAUCCAGAUAUUUCAGUCAAUUAUACAGUCUUGGGGAAUAUAUAUGCUACAGCUGGCCUAUGGCAUAAGAAUUGCAAGAUCAGAAACUUGAUGAGCCAGAGAAAUUUGAAGAAGACUCCAGGUUACAGCAGUGUAGAUUCUCCAAGGAGCAUUUACCUUACAUAACUAACUUGAGGAGGCAAACCAGGAUGCUGCAGUCAAAAUCUGUUUGUGACUCUUGUGGAAACAGUUCUUGUAUGUAGAAUGGGCAACUUUAUGGAGACAAAAAAAUAUAUCAGAAAUGUGUUCCGGAAUGAGGGAAUCUUUGUGGUGGUUAAUAUCUUGCUUGAUUUCCCAAGUUAGUUCUUAUGUUAUUUUAAGAACUAUAGGGAUCUGGUUUACAUGGUUACAUUAGAGAAGUGAAAGCAAAUUGUUUUCUAACAGCUAAUCUAUAUGCAUAAAUUGUAACUGGGGAGUAGGACAGCCUGUGGGUUGUGUUUGUAUUCUGGCGCUCUGGAAAUCUCAGAAUCUAGUUGAUUUUGAGCUGACUCAGUGGCAGGUUGAAGCAUCGGAGGUUAGUUGUUGGCAUCAGGCGGAGGAGCUCCUUGAGCUCCAGGGUGACGUUAGGGCAACUAAGCCACGUGUGGAGGAUGCAGCGGGCCUGGGAUGGGGAGAUGUGUGGCGUGCUUUGGUGGUUCGUGUGGAUGGUGUGGUCUAGAAAGGGUCUCAUUAAGGAGCUCUCACAUGCCCUCAAUCAACUAUAUACCCAAAGCAGGCGUCGACAAUGGCCCCCCAGGAUGGGAUCGGCUCCGGGACCAAUUUUUUUUUUUUUGGCCAAGCACCCUGUGGUUGUUUGGCCAUCAGGUCUGGUCGUCAGGUACACAUGGGUUAUGCAGUAUGUGAAGUGGAAGCUAUUCAACCGGAUUUCAGCUCUGCUUUAGAGGUUCUCGCCACUCAAGCAAUCUAAUUUCUAGAAGUAAUCAUUUACUUCUAAAUCAGAUGUUUGAACGAAACUUAUUUGCUUUUGAUUUGUCCGCUUGAAUAAGCUGUUUGAAGUUAAAUGUAACGGCCCUCAGAGAUGCUAGAAGGGUGUUUACAGUAGGUGAAACAAUGACCUGUGGCUGCAUCUCUAGAAGUGAGUAAAGAGGAAGAACAUGACAUUUUCUAUACCAGAAGUCCAGAAGUAAGUUAAUCAUGGCUGCCGGUAGAGCGAAUUGGCUUGCUGCUGCUGCCAUACUCUCCCUUAUGUUCCUUUCUAAUGCCAACAUGAUGAUGGUGGAAGCUGCGGGACGUCGAGGCGGAGGCGGCAGUGCCUGCGGGAAGACACCAAUAAGGGCUGCAGCGGCUAGCCUGAGCCCGUGCUUGAGCGCUGCUCGGAACGCCAGAGCAGCUGUGCCGCCGGCGUGUUGCUCGAAAGUCGGCGGGCUGAUCAAGGCCGCUCCCAAGUGCCUUUGUGCCGUGCUGCUGUCCCCCUUGGCCAAGCAGGCUGGAAUCAAUCCUGGGGUCGCCAUCACCAUCCCCAAACGCUGCAACAUUCGUAACCGCCCCGCCGGCAAAAAGUGUGGAGGCUUCACACUCCCAUGAGGCAUGAGCUAGCACAGCUGGGUGCCUGGGGCUGCCUUGCGUUGGAAGUAAUCAUGGUUCCAUUAUAUCAGAAGUGCCGGCAUUGCUAGUUGCUUGCUGUAGAAGGAAAAUGAGUGUCAAAUAAAGGGCUGCCCUCGUAGUACGAGGCAACGUUUAGUAUUUAUUUCCCUAUUUGCUGAGUUUUCUUAUCCACAAUCUGCCUGUUAAACCAAUCUUUGGUCUCUGUAUCUCCUCAGUUAUGUCAGCUAAUAAUGAUGAUCUUAGUUAAUCUCUGACAACAUUACAGAAAAAUCUUCCAUCUAUAUCAUCACAGGCGCCACUAUACAACAUUUCUGUACAGUAUACACUAUAAGGUGCUAGCUACAACAGGGAUUCUGGAGUGAAAAAGAUGACUAAAUCAAAGGGGCAUUACUCUCUCAAGUAGCUUGAAAGCUCUCCUUCAACCAUUUUGACUGUGACUCGAGCCCAGCAUCUCUCAACGCAUUCAAAGCCGUCGCAUAAAGCCUCGCAUCCAAACCAGUCCCAACCGACUCCAUGUCUCUUAACAGCUUCACCAUCUCCUCUAUCAAACUCAUCUUCGAGAAUACACCCACCAUUAUCCCUCCCAUCUUCCUAUCCACGCCAUCACCAUUCAUCACCGUCCUGUACUCCUCGAAAUACUCAACACACUUGUCGAAGUCCUUGACCUUGUUGUACGCGCUCACGAGGCUGGUGUAGCUCACCUUGUCAGGCCCGACUCCCUUCCUCUUGAUCUCGCUCCAUAUCUUCUCCACCUGCCUCACAUUCAUCGCCCUACCGUGCAUCUCAAGCAAACAAUUGUACACCCAAAUGUUGGGUUUGCACUUCCUCUCCUUCAUUUCCCCCAACAGCCGCAUUGCAUCCCCAACUCUACCCAUCUUCCCGUACAUCGCAAUCAUGGUGGAGUAUGCCACAACGCACCUGUUGAAACCCUUCUCGCACAUCUCUGCGAACACCUUCUCUGCUGUGCGAUAGUUUGCCACACGGUAGUAUGCAUUGAUUGCUGAUGCAUAGGUCACCUGUCCUGGCUCGUACCCUUUGGUUAUCAUCUCCUCGUACACUUUGAUUGCACCAGAAAAGCCUCGCCUUUUGGCGAAACCGUUCAGCACCGUGCAGAACACACAAUCGGUAACCUUGAGGUUUGCAUCGUGGCUCAUGGUGCUGACGAGGUCGAGUGUCUUCUCUACCUGGCCUCGCUCGAUGUACAUCGAGAUGAGCUUCGAGAAUGCCUCUGGGUCUCGCAAUGCAUUCUUCUCUAUCGCUUCGUGAAAUAGCUCUUCAGCUUCUCGAGCUUGAUUGGAGUCGGCAAAUGAGCAUAUUAACGAAGAGUAUAUUUUGGGAUCCUCUACAAGCAAACCAUCUUCCUUCUUAUUCCUUCUCAAGUAACCGAGAGCUUCCGAAGCUCUACCUGAUUUGGCUAAUGACUCAAUCAAUACUCUGUAAAUUUUGGCCAGCACUUCUAGUUUCGGGUCGAGCUCUUCAGAUUCAAACUCGUGAAACAAGGCAACCACUUUCUCUACAUUGCCCAAUUUCUGGUGUGCCUUCAUUGCCUGGUAAUAGCAGCCAGAAUUCAAACCGAUUCCAGACGAUUUCAUUCUACCAUGCAAUCGAAUCGCGCUGCUGUACAUGUGCAGCUUGUUGUAACCUUUCAUGGCGGAAUUGAAAGCUAAACCAGAGACUUUAGGGUUGGAUUGGAAAAUCGCGAGGAACCGUUCGCAAAUUCUGAAUUUCCUAGCUCGGAUGCAGUUCUCGACCAAUGUAGAGCAAGUGUAAGCGUCGGGGAGAGUACCGUACCUCCUGAAAUCGUCUGAAAGCAGCAGAAGCAAACGAUCCCAGUUCUUGGUUCGAAUCAGGUACUUCACCAGAAACUUGACGACGGACUUAUCUGGCUUGAAACGUAGGUUUUCUUUGGCUUUCCUGUAAUGGUCGUAAGCCAAGGCUUCGGUUCUGGGAUCGUGAAGCAACCCACGAAGAAAUGCGUUGAGAUUCUCUGCAUCUGAAGCCGGGUAGGGCUGCUGCUGGUGGUUGUAGUCUCUUGGAAGCCGGAAGUGAUUGCUACGGAGAUUUGGGGGUGGUGCUUCUACUUCUUCUUUCUCUUCUGCUGCCAGCACUGGAGCAGACGGGAAGCAGGACGAUUUGAUAUGGAAGUUGGAGUUUGGGCGGAAAGAGAAGAAGCUCUUGGGUUUGGAACAUGGUGGGAAGCUUUUGGGUUUGGUGGAGCAAGUGAUGUGCGAAGGUGAAGAAGAAGAAGCGACGAGUGACCAGUCAGGAGAACAGGGGAUCGCCAUGGAAAUGUGGUCUCAAAGUGGGUGGGGAGAGAUGGUUUGUGAAGAACCAGAAGAACGGGCGCAGAAUAAAGAGGAAUGGAAUGGCGGGGAAAUUGGGUGAGCGUGGGGAAUUCUGAAUCAUGAGUUGUUAGCUUUGAUUUUUAGUUUCUGGGUGUGAAGUUUUCUGAACAGUGACAGAGUCAAGAGCGAGGGAGUGGGGCUGGGAAUUAAGUGGUGGAGAAAGCUUUGAGGAAUGCAGAAAUCCGUGAUGGAAAUGGAUUUUGGGGAGGCAAGUGGAUUCUGUGAACCACUCAGACAGCGGCACGUGGAGAGUUGGGAGACAUAGGGGAUAUAUUCUGUUUUCAAUUCUGCCACGUCCGCCAAAACAUUUUAACCAUGCACUCAAAUUCGUCAAAAUAUCAAAAGAAAACGAUGCAUUUAA